GCUGUGUCAUCGUUGCAGACUUUCAUCGUACAGCGCUGAUGCAUCAGGUCUCUGUUCUGUUGCUUUUCCCUAUCUUCUUUGCUUAGCAGCGACCGACACCCGAGUUUUCUUUCCUUUCCUACACAGCAAAGCAACACCAAACACACUAUGCGAACUUCGGCUGUUUGUUGCCGCGCCGCUAUAGGCGCUGGUGUGCGGCCCGCCCUCUCUCGCCCAGCUCUGCGGUGCUCCUCCGCCAUCUUCCAGGUGCAACUGCUGACGUCCAACGUGGCCGUGCCGUGCAGCGUCGCCGAGGCUUCCCCGUUGCGAGUGCAGCGCCGCACGCAGUACGCGCAGAACCCCGGCAAGCGCGAGCAGGAAGCUUUUCUGACCCAAUUCGAUCCUCUCGAGGUGCUUGGCCUCGAGCCGGACUGCAACGUCGAAGACAUCGACGCUGCGUUUGAGCGGAUGAAGGGCAAGUACGCACCGAACGGCAAGUCGCCCGAUGCGAAGAUGGUUGAGCGGGUGUUCCGCGCGCACGAGAUCUUGAAGGAUCCGGACUCCCCGUACUACUUGAAGGCGCACAGCAGUCAGACAGAUCGCCAACGCCUCCAGUUCCAGCUGCUCCCGAAGUCAAAGCGCCGCUUUAUUGAGGUACAGGUUUGCAUAUUGAUGUUCAUUGUCUUCGCGAUCGCCGUGCUGACGAUCAAGUUGGUUCUUCGCCCGAUGAACCGGUCCAUUCGUGCCGCAACGCGUUAG